AACGUCGAUGUUUCGGUCAUUCAUUCACUCUCUUUCUCUCUCUCUCUCUCUCUGCAGAAACGUCGUUAUCUACAUGCCUUGACAGUGGGACUCUCAGAGUUAUCCAUUUAUACGUUAGAUUUCGGAUAGUAUCUGUAGAUAUUUGUUGAUUCAUCAGAGCUUGCCAUAUAAGUGGAAGCAGGAGCAGAGGCUGGUUCUUUGUAAUCAUUCGCCGAGUUCGAUUGUCGAUGGCGGCUCGCAGAAUCUCAUCUCUUGUUUCUCGUACUCUUCCUUUGGUUUCUCGUGGAGGGAAACAAACUUAUGUUGGCCGAGGAAUCUAUCGGUACAGCACCGCCGCAGCCCAUGAGGAUCCAAUCAAGCCACCUGUUAGUGUACAAUAUGAUAAGCUUCUUAUCAAUGGACAAUUUGUUGAUGCGGCAUCAGGAAAAACUUUCCCAACUCUGGACCCUAGGACUGGGGAGGUAAUUGCACAUGUUGCUGAAGGUGAUGCAGAGGAUAUCAAUCGAGCGGUAGCUGCUGCCAGAAAGGCUUUUGACGAAGGGCCAUGGCCUAAAAUGACUGCUUAUGAGAGACAGAGGAUAUUAUUGCGUUUUGCAGAUUUGGUUGAAAAGCAUAAUGAUGAUAUAGCAGCACUUGAGACUUGGGAUAGUGGCAAGCUAUAUGAACAGUGUGCUCAAAUAGAAGUACCAAUGUUUGUUAGACUGUUUCGUUAUUAUGCUGGCUGGGCAGACAAGAUUCAUGGCCUCACUAUUCCAGCUGAUGGAGCCCUUCAUGUUCAAACUUUGCAUGAACCAAUUGGUGUGGCUGGCCAGAUAAUCCCAUGGAACUUUCCUCUUGUGAUGUUUGCUUGGAAAGUCGGUCCAGCACUAGCAUGUGGGAACACGAUCGUUCUCAAAACAGCAGAGCAAACUCCAUUGUCUGCAUUACUUGUAUCAAAGCUAUUACAUGAGGCUGGCCUUCCUGAUGGUGUUUUGAAUGUUGUUCCUGGAUUCGGUCCAACAGCUGGUGCUGCCCUUUGUAGCCAUAUGGAUGUGGACAAGAUUGCCUUCACUGGUUCAACAGAGACCGGCAAAGUUGUUCUCGAGUUAGCUGCCAAAAGCAAUCUGAAGCCAGUUACUCUUGAACUUGGAGGGAAGUCGCCUUUUAUUGUCUGCGAGGAUGCUGAUAUCGACCAAGCUGUUGAGCUAGCCCACUUUUCUCUAUUUUUCAACCAGGGACAAUGCUGCUGUGCGGGCUCAAGGACAUAUGUGCAUGAGAAGGUUUAUGAUGAAUUUGUGGAAAAGGCAAAAGCACGUGCCUUGAAACGUGCUGUUGGGGACCCAUUCAGGGCAGGCAUGGAGCAAGGUCCUCAGAUCGACUCAGAACAGUUUGAAAAGAUCCUUAAGUAUAUUAGAUGGGGUAGGGAAUCUGGCGCUACCGUAGAAGCAGGAGGUGAUAGAUUUGGUUCAAAGGGCUACUACAUUCAGCCAACUGUUUUCUCUAAUGUGAAGGAUGACAUGCGGAUUGCAACUGAUGAGAUUUUUGGUCCCGUGCAGACUAUCCUGAAAUAUAAGGAGCUUGACGAAGUGAUCCGGAGGGCGAACAACACCAGAUAUGGUCUUGCUGCAGGAGUAUUCACUCAUAAUCUUGACACUGCUAAUACCUUGAUGAGAGCAUUGAGAGCGGGGACUGUAUGGAUUAAUUGCUUCGAUACAUUUGAUGCUACGAUUCCAUUUGGUGGCUAUAAGAUGAGCGGAAUCGGGAGGGAAAAGGGAGAGUACAGUCUGAAGAAUUACUUACAAGUGAAAGCAGUUGUUACCCCUUUGAAAAAUCCAGCUUGGUUGUGAGCUCUCUGAAGAAUAUCUAAGAUAGAUAAGUUCGGUUUCAGAUUCAUGAAUGGUAUCUGAUGAUGAAAGAACUUCUCCUGUUUCUGUGCAUGAUUGCUCGACUUCUUUAUACCUAAUAUAUAAUAAUUGAUAUCAUUGAAGAUUUA